GGGUUAUCAUACCUUCCCACUUCCCAUACACUGUCCUGGACCCUCGGAAGUCUUAUCGUCUGUCUAACCUUUGCGUUCAAUUGCGCUAUUGGCCCUGUCUGUGACUCUCCAGUCUCCGAGAUUGCGUUAACUCAGCUUCGAGUGAAAACGGUCGUUAUUGCCCGUAUAAUGUAUAACAAUUGGCGGGGUAGGACGGCUUUAGUGUUUGCUGGGGUAAUUGUGAUCUGCUUUGUGUGGUGUUACUUCAGGCUUCCUAAGCCGAAAGGCCUAGCAUAUCUAGAGGUUAAUAUCUUGUUUCAAUACGAGGCGGGCACAAAGAAGUUCAAGAUUUUUCAGGCCAACCUCGCUGAAAGGGGUUACUUUAGAAUCACCAGUUCAUCCUUGCCAAUCGUUGACUGGCGUAGGAAUAGCUAG